AAUUAAUUACAGGAAUACCUCAGACUCCAUCAGGCGGCUACAAGCGAGCCUACCACUGAGAGAAACCCUCGUUCUCAACAUUUGCCCACGCUUAAUUCAUUUCUCAAAGCCCCGACGGUUGGGUCGGCGCCUUCCGGCUUUUAACAUUCUCUACUUCCGGCUUGCAAGUGGAGAUUAUCGUUGAUCAGCUGCUAUUGGAGUUUUCUUCUCUCUGUGAGACAUGAACUUUUGGAAGUUUGUUUAUGGGAAAACAGUUGUCAAUCUAUCGAGAUGCAAUGGGAAGUUUCCACCUCCAUGCCGACCUUAUGUUUGUAGAAAUGCCCGCUUGAGUACUGCGCCGUCUACUUCAUUUAAUUCACCAAUAAGUCCUGGCUCUAAGCCUGUUCAGAAAUCUGGUUUCCCAGAACCCGUUUCGUCUUACUGUAGAUACAUUCACUCUUCCAAUGGAACUGCAAUGAGCAACUCGGGUGGUGACUUGAAACUCAAUUCUGAAGAGCCUGGGGAGGAUGAUGGGACCAUGAAUGAAUUCUUGUCCCGGUUUGUCUGGAUAAUGCGUGGCAAGCUCGCUGAAGCUUACCCAGACUGUGAUAAACAGACAAUUGAUGGAAUGCUUCUGAUCAUCGUUGGGAAAGUUGCAUCAGAGAUGGAAAAGGGUGGUCUUGAGCAGAUGCUUGGUGCCGCAGCAGCCACUCCUUCACAGGAUUUUAGUGAGGAUUUGUGGAAAACAGUUUGGGAAGUUAGUAAUAUGGUUUUGAAUGAUAUGAAAAAGGAGAAGCAAAAAGAAAAAAUGAAGGGUUUUCUGCAAUCUGAAGAAGUUAAGGAAAUGUGCAGGUUUGCUGGUGAAGUUGGCAUUCGUGGGGAUAUGCUGAGAGAGCUUAGAUUCAAAUGGGCUCGUGAGAAAAUGGAGGAAAGUGAGUUUUAUGACAGUUUGGAGCGCAUGAGAGGAGAAGCACAAGCCCAAGAUAAAGAGGAGAAAGCAGAGGGCAAGCUAACUGAAAUAAUGGGUGAUGAGGCUCCUGUGACCGAGGAGGGGCCUAAGGUUGUUACUCUUCCUAAGAGACAAGGGAAGAUAAGGUACAAGAUUUAUGGUCUUGAUCUCUCUGAUCCAAAGUGGGCUGAGGUGGCUGAUAAAAUUCAUGAGAGUGGGGAAGUAAUUUGGCCUCAGGAACCAAAGCCAAUAUCUGGGAAAUGCAAAUUGGUUACUGAGAAGAUUCUCUCACUGAACGUGGAGGAUGAUCCAUCUCCCCUAUUGGCUGAAUGGUUGGAACUUCUUCAACCAAGCAGGAUUGACUGGAUCACUUUGCUUGACAGAUUGAAAGAACGGAAUACUAGUUUAUAUUUUAAGGUAGCAGAACUAGUACUGGGUGAAAAGUCUUUCCAAACGAACAUCCGUGAUUACUCGAAGCUUAUUGAUGUACAUGCCAAAGAGAGCCGCUUAGAAGAUGCUGAAAGAAUUCUUAAGAGGAUGAAUGAAAAUGGCAUCUUACCUGAUAUUAUAACCGCCACAGUUCUGGUUCACAUGUACAGCAAGGCAGGCAAUCUUGACCGUGCAAAAGAGGCAUUUGAAAGUUUGAGGAGCCAGGGUUUCCAACCAGACAUGAAGGUUUACAACUCGAUGAUCAUGGCAUAUGUAAAUGCUGGCCAGCCCAAGUUGGGCGAGUCGCUGAUGAGGGAGAUGGAGGCAAGAGACAUCAAUCCAACACAGGAAAUUUACAUUGCAUUGCUUCGGUCAUUUGCUGAACGUGGAGAUGUUGGUGGGGCUGGGCGAAUUGCAACCACCAUGCAGUUUGCAGGUUUCCAGCCAAGUUUGGAGUCUUGUGCUUUGCUUGUUGAGGCGUAUGGGCAAGCAGGUGACCCUGAGCAGGCAAGGAACAACUUUGACUACAUGUUUAAAGUUGGGCACAGACCUGAUGACAGGUGUACUGCUAGCAUGAUUGCAGCAUAUGAGAAGAAGAAUUUAUUGGAUAAGGCUCUCAAUCUUUUGUUGCAGCUGGAGAAGGACGGAUUUGAGCCCGGAGUUGCAACUUAUACUGUUCUUGUGGAUUGGUUAGGCAAGUUGCAGCUGGUUAAUGAGGCUGAGCAGCUAUUGGACAAGAUUGCCGAGCAGGGUGAGGCCCCUCCUUUUAAGGUUCAUGUAAGCCUUUGCGACAUGUACUCAAGGGCUGGAGUAGAGAAAAAGGCUCUUCAAGCUCUUGGGGUUCUGGAGGCUAAGAAAGAGCAACUGAGGUCGGAUGAAUUUGAGAGAAUAAUUAAUGGGCUUAUAGCUGGUGGGUUUGUGCAGGAUGCUAGAAGGGUACAUGGGCUGAUGGAAGCCCAGGGUUUUGCAGCAUCAGAGCCACUUAAGGUGGCCAUGAUGGCAUCUCAAGCUUUAGGUCGGAAGAGACCUAUGAUGAAAUAGAAAACCCAACAAUAAGAAUGUCCUAUAGGUUUAGGAAGCCAUAGUACUCUGCAUGGCCGGCAGGAUGUAAUCCAUAAAGAUGUUGAUUUAACCUUUUUCUCAACUUGACAU